ACUCAGCCUCAGCUCUUACACAGCAAACCGCAGACCAGGUUUCACUUCCUAGAGAAGCUAACUUAAAGCAAACUUAAAACAACAGACACACAGCAAGAGGCAGCACAAAGCUGAAAAACUGUCUUUACACAGUAACCAUGGAGUCUGAAGACUAAUCAGUCCAACAUGGUCAAUUUGGAAGCUCCAAGUUCAUUUUAACAAACCACAUUGCCCAGUGUCCACUUUCUGAAAAGUAAGUGAACACAGAAAAAGAGGAAAACACGAAAAGAACACCUGUAACAUCAAGUCCUAGUGUUUCAUCAGCCAGUAAAAUGGCCCAGCAGGAGACCAGUGUCAAUAUUGUGCUGUUUGGAAACACCUCUGCAGUCCACUUUGGACCUGAAAAUAUACUACUUGGACAAGAUCAACCCAUUCUAGAAAACACUGAGUUCUGUCAGAUUGUCCCAGUAUCAAGAAUGGUAUCAGGACGUAAUGUUUCUGUCAUCAACAUUCUUGGUUUGGAAGAGACUGAAUUCUCCCCACAGUUCACCAGUAGACUUGUCAAAGAAAAUGAAAUCCAUGCUUUCAUCUUUGUGCUUCAAGUGAACCGAUUAACAGACGCUAAUAAAUUGGGACUUGAAUGGCUGAAAAAUACAUUUGGAGAACGUGCUCUUUCCUUUGUGAUGAUUCUGUUCACUUACGAGAGAGAGGAGGAGUGUGACACUAUUGUAGAUGACUUGAAGAACAACACUGUUCUAGAGCAACUGAUGAAGAAGUGUGGAGGCAGAUACUGCACAUGCAGCAAGAGCAUGAACAACCAAUCAGAAAUGAGAACACUGCUGGAGAAGAUUGAUCGCCUCAUCUCUGAGAACAAUCAGCGCUGCUACACUGCUGAGAACUACAACACAUCCUUCAGAGGCCUGCAAGACAGACAAAGUCAGCAGAGAGCCUUUAAUAGGCUUCUGGUACAAGAAGAGGUGGAUAUCAAAGAGGAUCUAACAAAACAGCCAAAAGUAAAAUCACCAGACCGUAAUGCAGCAGAUUGCAGACCAGAUUCUUCUGAAGAAUUGAAGGAACUCUUUUCAAGAGUAUUAGGAAAUCACAACCAAAUCAUAAAACCUGCAGAUAUUCUUCAAAUAAUAAAACCAUUAUUACAAUACCAAGAAUCUUCAUUCCAUUUAGCUUUCCUACAGAAGCUGCUGAUGGUGAACUACAAGGCAAGAUACAUUUCAGUUAAUAAACAAACCAGGGAAGAGGAUGACUUUUCACCAGAACCAGUGGAUGAUAAUGAUCAGAAGGACAGUUUGUCGUUUCUUGACAUAGACUUUGCAUCAUCUUCUGCUCCAGUAAACAAUAAACAGAUUGUUCACCCCAUGGAUGUCCAGAUGGCAGUGUUUCACUGCUCAGAUCAUUUCCUAAAGCAGCUAAUAGUGAAUAAACUGGCUCAGUGUCAGUACGCUCUGCCUCUGCUGGUGCCCAAUCCCUUCACCAGAGAGAUCGAGUUUCCUCUGUGGACCCUUCGCCAAAUCAGAAAGAGCUGGAAGACCACUGACUCCUCUGGUAAAGUUAUCAACAAAACCCAGGUGAUUUCUGAAGCUGAAACUCCAAUGGUGGCUUUCUUCAGGUUCGGCUCUGUAUCUUCAUCCAAGUCUCAGCUGAUGAACAACUUGAUCAAUGAGAAACAUCACACGUUCUUCUACCGGGACUGCCCUGGAAGCAGCAGUAACCGGCUCCUGAUGGACGGAGUGGUGGAGAUUGCGUGGUACUGCCCAUCUGGGAAGGAAACGGAUUAUUUCCCUGACUGUGUAGCAUUCUGUAAUCUCCAUGGUGAUGCAGAAACUAAUAAAGAGCAACUGGAUAUCCUGACUGAAAUGUCCUCAGUGAAUGUUGUACUUUUAUCUGAACAAAUGGAUACCAAAAAUAGCGUAAUACUACGAAAUCUUUAUAAAAGCCAAAAGCCACUAAUUUUCUUACUCACCAACAGUAAUUCAUGUGUAGAUCAGAUCAAAAAGCUGAAAUAUAAAAUUGGUCUUAAACAGAGAAAUCAGUCAGAUUUAUCCGAAGAUCUCAGAAACACCCUCAAAAAGUGUUUGACAUUAGCUCCUAAAUUCAGACUUGAAAAUGUGAGUGCAAGCUGGAAGAUCAGAAUAGAUGAGGAAGAUGAUAAAUGUCAGAAGGGGAAAAAAGUAGCUUCCCAAAUUACAAAGUUAUUUCAUGGAAUGGAACUGUCCAAAAUGAAGGAAACAUAUCUGCCCUGUCAGGGGAAACUGUGGCAUGACUGGUGCCAGAAAAACAAAGAAUUCCAUCGACUUCAAGGAACAAACAUAGAGAGGAAAAGGUGUGAAAAACAAACUGAAAUGAAGAUGAUUCGUAAGCAACAGCAUGAGUAUGGAGUCACAAACCUGAUGAAGAUGUUUAUUGACACACUGAAUUCAUCAGAAGGAAAUGACAAAGACUAUUUUCUGAAAUGGCUUGUAAUCCUGCUUGACAACUACACCACUGAUGAACUCUCUAGACUUAGGGAUUCACAACUUCAGGACAUAUCAAAACAGCUGAAGGCUGCAGCUUUUGGUUUGGAACACAUCCUAAGGGAGAUGAGUCAGAUAUAUGAGUCAUUUAUUUCUGUACAAACACAUAAGAAAGGAUCUUUAAAAGAAGAUUUCCCAUGUCUUCCUAAGCUUGGAGCAGAUGUCAUGCUCUCAGGAUAUCCACUGGAGCUGAUGGAUGGUGAUGCUGCUCAUGUUCCUCUGAUCUGGGUUUCAGCAGUUCUAGAUGAACUUGUGAAGAUACUGGGAGACCAGAGAGUGUUUGUGCUGUCAGUUCUGGGGAUUCAGAGCUCUGGGAAAUCCACCAUGCUGAAUGCCAUGUUUGGACUCCAGUUUGCUGUCAGUGCUGGAAGGUGCACCAGAGGAGCCUUCAUGCAGCUGGUCAGAGUGUCGGAGGAGAUGAAAGAAGAGCUGAAGUUUGACUACAUUUUAGUUGUUGAUACUGAAGGUCUGCGAGCUUUAGAGCUGGCUGGGAAGACAACCAUACAUCAUGACAAUGAACUCGCCACAUUUGUUGUUGGUCUUGGAAACCUGACCUUGAUCAAUAUCUUUGGAGAGAAUCCAGCUGAGAUGCAGGACAUCCUUCAGAUUGUUGUUCAAGCCUUCCUGAGGAUGAAGAAGGUCAGACUAAAUCCCAGAUUCAUGUUUGUCCAUCAGAAUGUUGGAGACAUCACUGCUGGAGAAAAAACUAUGGAAGAAAGGAGACGCUUACAGGAAAAAUUGGAUGAAAUGACAAAGCUAGCAGCUAUAGAAGAAGACUGUGAUGCUCAAUGUUUUAGUGAUAUCAUUUCAUUUGAUGUACAAAAUGAUGUUAGGUACUUUUCACAGCUCUGGGAGGGCAGCCCGCCCAUGGCACCACCAAACCCAGCAUACAGUGAAAAUGUUGAUGAGCUAAAGAGAAAUAUCUUUUCAAAUAUCAAGACAAAUCAUGUAAUGAGUCUUUCACAGUUCAAAUCCCAUUUAAGCAAUUUAUGGAAUGCACUGCUGAAUGAAAACUUUGUGUUUAGCUUCAAAAACACUUUAGAGAUUGCAGUGUACAGGAAAUUAGAGAAUGAAUAUUGUAAAUGGACCUGGAGCCUUAGAAGUGCCAUGUUGGUAACUGAGAACAAACUGCUUAACAGAGUCAACAAUGAAAAGUACCCAAAGAUUGAGGAAAAUGACAUCAUGGCAGGCAUGAAAGACACAAAGUUGGAUGUGGAAAAAUCAAUCAAGAAGUUCUUUGAUGAAGACGAAGAUAAAGAAACUUUGAUCCAAUGGCGAGAAAGAUUUGAAAGAAAAAUUUUGGAUCUUAACAAUGACCUUGUAAAAGGAACAAAGAGAAAGUUAGAUAAAGUUGCAAGUCUGAAAAUUGCAAGGGAAAAGAUAGACCGGGAAAAGACUAUGAGGGAAAAUAAGCUUUAUAAACAGAGCAAAGACCUAGCAACAAUUUUAAAAAGUAAAGAAACUGAUGAACAUAAACUCAGGACAGAAUUUGAAGAUGUCUGGGACAAGUGGCUGACUGAGGUGACACAAGAUGUACCUUCAAUUGACAACAUCGAUAUUUGGGGAGAUGUAACACAGACACUGUCAGAAAGUUAUGAGGUAAACCUUGUCUUUGAGAGACAGAAUAAGGCUGCAUACAAAAAGCUUGAUUCCUUAGGAGAUUACUCAGACUACAUUAUUCUAAACAAACAUCAAGAGCCACAUCAAGAAGAUCUACAGUCAGAGAAACAUGUGGAGGGAGAAGAUACAAGCCCUGGUGCACUCGUUCAUACAGUUGGAGACAGUCCAUCUGAGGAGAACCACUGCAGAACCAUUACUCUAACCUCUGAAGAUAACAACUUAUUUAGUGCACUGAUUGGAAGAAUGAUCAAAGACACUGAAGAAGAAAUUCAGAGAAAACCCAUUGCAGAGCAGGGAUACAGUCAGAUCUACAUCCCAGAAAUAAUAGCCUCCAUCAAAAAACAAGUAAGAGUGCACCAAACUCAGACCUCAAAAUACACACUUAAGAAGGAAUUCACAGUGGAUCUAUGUCUGUGCGUGUGCAGCUUUGCAGCCAACCAAUUCAAUGAUCUUCAUAAUAAAUUCAGGGACGCAAAUGAUGUAGGAGUGUACCUGGAGAAACAGAAGCCUCAGUACUUCAACAUCUUCAAGAACUACUACAAUGGUGCGACCUCGACAACAGUGUUUGGUGAAUUCAUUGUGAAUAAACUUGAGCCGUCUAUACUGCAGGCAGCAUACGACCAAACUGCCAUCGAUGUAGCCGAGAAAAUGAAACGUGACGUUCCAGCGUUCAGUGGAAACAGGUCAAAUCUGGAAAAACACAUUCUGACAUCACUAGCGGAAGAGGAAAACUUUGAGAACUAUAUUGAAUAUCUUCACAAGCCCAAAGAACAUUUUAGUCAUUUUAUUGCCCAGGAAGUAAAUAAAUACCUACUUAAAGACAAAUGUCAAGAGGUUCUGGAAACUAUCAAAACUAACAUAAAGUCUAAGGGAAGGUGUGUGAUGGAGGCUGUCAAUAAAGCAACAAAGGAGGUCAAUAAUGGUGAUGUCAACAGGUGGCUGCAGUAUUUGUCCAAAGAGCUGAAAGAUGAGCUUCAGUUCAAAGAAGAAUCAUGUCUUGAGCAGAAAGAAAUUACAGACCUUGGCUUUCUUCAAGAGGUUGUAAAUAAGGGCCUGACUGACACCAUGGCAAAGUUAUGCAGUGAAUUCAAAACCAUUUCUGACCUCAAACAAGAAAUGUUCAGAAAGACACCACACAAGGUUCUGAUUGAACACCUCUGUCAGUGCUGCUGGGUUCAGUGUCCAUUCUGUAAUGCCAUCUGUACCAACACAAUGGAGGAUCAUGAUGGAGAUCACCGUGUCCGUUUCCAUCGCAACUGUGGAAUCAGUGGAUGGUCUUUCAUGUUUUCAGAAAACCUUGGAGUUGAUUUCUGCACAACUGCUGUUUCAAGUAACUUGUUCUUUCGUACAUCUGGUGGUGUGUUUGCUUUUAAAGAGUACAGAAAAGCAGGAGGAGAAUAUGCCAAGUGGAACAUCAGCCCUGACACCUCUGAGGUGCCCUACUGGAAGUGGUUUGUGUGCAGGUUCCAGGAAGACCUGGAAAAGCACUACAAGAGAAAGUUCACAGGGAAUGGAGAGAUUCCACUUGAAUGGAGGGAUAUCACUAAAGAUAGAGCCAUUGAAAGCUUAAAUGAGUUAUAAUGUAAACUGGAAGAGAUUUUAACUGUCUUUGGUGCUGUAAUACCAUAGAAAUGUGAGAGGUUUUAGUUUCUUUCAGUAUUUCCUGGUGUUUUUGGUUUCUUUUAUCAAUAUUUCCUGUUAGAAGAUGUGUUAAGUGUUGCUGAAUAGAGAGCUGUUUGCUCGAUGAUUUUAAUAUUCUGGUCACAUUUCUGAUUUAUCCUUUAAAUUAUUUAAAAUAAUUACUACUUAUCUUCAUUUGGACCUCCUUUGGUACAACUCUGUCUCAUAUAAUAUACAGUAUAUAUAAGCUUUGUUGUGCAUUUAAUAUAAUUUAAAUGUCCGACAUUAACACACUUUUGAACAAACUGUUGUAUUUAUAUUUUGUCAAAAAAAUAUAUAUAUUUCUUUAAGAAACUAAAUGUAUGGAUUUUCCUCUGAUGUUUGUUUUUAUUUUUAUUCUGAUCCUAGAUUAUAACUACAACAUUAAACAACAUUAAAUCCUAUAACUACAACAUAAAAACACACCCACGUUCUCACUGUAUUAUCUUUAUUUAAGAGAUAAUGGCAUACAGGAGCAGGUUUACUUUGAUCAAAACUGUACAAGUGUGGCAUAAGAUGAUUGAAAAUGA